GGCGGACUGACGUCAAUCACGUCGUCAGAGAAGGUGAUUCCUCACUGAAGUGCAGAAGACCAAGCACAUACUACUGCAGCACUCUGUCGUUGAGAUACAUUUUGAUUGGUAUAUUUUACCUAUAUUUCAACUAUUUACAAUGGACGCGAACACUUGCAACAUUCAGGUUCUUCUGCAAGCUGCUGAGUUCUUGGAGAGAAGAGAACGAGAGGCAGAGCAUGGCUAUGCAUCAGUGUUGCCCUUCUACUGUCCAGGGGACUCUGAGAAGAAGAGGAAGCAGAAGAACAAGAAGCUGCAGGCUGCCGGUAGUAACAGGACAGUCCAUAAUGAGUUGGAGAAGCACAGACGUGCUCAGUUGAGACACCACCUGGAACAGUUGAAGCAGCAGGUUCCUCAGGUGUCUGACUCCAUGAGAAACACCACCCUGAACCUGCUGAGACGGGCUCAGACACACAUCAAGAAGCUGCAGGAUCAGGAUGAACGUGCGGAGCAGUUGAAGGGUCGUCUGCGUUGGGAGCAGAGAGAGCUGAGGGUGAGGCUAGAGCAGCUGCAGGGACAUGGAGGCCUGGGGGGUCUGACUGGUCUGGGCCCUGGGGGUCAGGGAGGAGCUGGAGCGGUCUCAGAGAGGAUGAGGAACGACAGCCUGGGAUCAGCAGCCAUGUCCUCUUCAGAGAGAUCUGACUCUGACAGAGAAGACGUGGAGGUUGAUGUGGAGAGUAUAGUGUUUGACUGUCUGGACUCUGAUGGACUGGGGACGGUCCCUCACACAGGCACAGAUCACUGUUACUCCAGCAGCCUCGCAUGGGCCGGGCUAUGACCUACCUACCACUGUACACUACACACACGCCUCUGGGAGGGACACACACGCCUCUGGGAGGGACACACACGCCUCUGGGAGGGACACACACGCCUCUGGGAGGGACACACACGCCUCUGGGAGGGACACACCGGCGUCCUACGUCGGACUUUAAAGGGACGAGCGACGUCACCUGACGUAAGACGACGGGGACACAAAGGAGGAAAAACAUUCCAAAUAAGACAAAGAAAUAAGGAAAGAAGAGAAUGAGGAACAACCUCAACAACAUUACUGAACAGGACAGGAGGAACAACCUCAACAUUACUGAACAGGUGGAACAACCUCAACAUUACUGAACAGGACAGGAGGAACAACCUCAACAUUACUGAACAGGACAGGAGGAACAACCUCAACAUUACUGAACAGGACAGGAGGAACAACCUCAACAUUACUGAACA